ACCCUACAAUGCUGCCCUGAACCAUCUACAUUGAUUGCCCUCCCCCCCCAAUUGGAAUGCCUGUCAGGAUUUGAAUGGUGGGAAAGCCUCUAAUCGGUCUCUUCUCCCUGCUGCUUCUAUUGUCUGUAACUACUGACUGUUCUUCCCAGUUCCGCCACUUAGGUCGGCUCUCCUUCCGUUUCUUCUUAUCAUAUGCUUCUUCAUUUCUUCAUUCUUCCCAGCCAUUCGCCUCUCUUUCUCUCUCUCUCUCUCUUCAGGCAAAACUUGCAAUACCUUCUUCAAAAUCGUCAAAUAAACUCCCUUUAUUAUGUUUCAUGUUGCCGCCAUUAUAUUCUUUUUUCAAAAUUAGUUUCUUGGCUCCUAAGCUUGUGAGUACAGUUCUAAAAUUGCUGUUUCACCGAGUCUGGUUCUCUUUUUUCCCCAAAAACUGCGUCUUUCUUUCAACUUGUUGGCUUCCUUAAUGGUCCCAUUCGUCCUCUUUUGCUACAAAUAUCUUGAAAUUUACGGCGCCGGAUAGUAGGUUGCUCUACGUGCUUGGAUGCUAUGAAGAAGGCAGGGCAUCGAACAAGAUAGGUUUGGUCGAAAGAGGAGAAGGACAAAAGAAAAGGGGCUUGUAAUUGCUAAACAUAAAUAAAACAAAGGAAAAGGUGGAAGAAGAAUAAGCAAACAGGAAAGUGGAAUAAAAGGGAGGAGGGCAAGGUAGGAAGAGAAUUAAAAAAGUGUUUCUUUUAUGGAGUGGGAGUUCAAGAUGCCUCCGUGGGAUUUAACAGAACUGGAGCAAAAUACUGGUGAGGCUAACUUAAGCUCAGUGGUAGGUUCAAGUGGGAGCAGAACAGGAAGCCUUGACUGCUCCGUUGAUCUCAAGCUUGGGGGUUUGGGGGAUUUUGGAAUGGCUGAUAAGUGGAAGGAGGAGAGUAGAAGUUUUGAAAUGCCGAUGGAGAUGUCUGUAGCAGUGGCGGCAGGUGGGCAGUUCAAGCGGCCUCGAGUGCUAAGCAGCGGAAGCCAGAACGUUUCAUGCCUUGUUGAUGGGUGCAGAAAUGAUCUCAGUCAUUGCAGGGAGUAUCACAGGCGGCAUAAGGUCUGUGAGGUACACUCUAAGACUCCUAUAGUGCUGGUUGGCGGCCAGGAGCAGAGAUUCUGCCAGCAAUGCAGCAGGUUUCACUUGCUUGUGGAGUUCGAUGAGGUUAAGCGAAGUUGCAGAAAACGCCUUGAUGGGCAUAAUCGGCGUCGAAGAAAACCGCAGUCAGAUUUGAUUUCUGGUAAUUUGUUUCCAAACCACCAUGGAACCAGGUUUCCAACCUACCCUCAAGUAUUUCCAGCUGCUGCAACAGACUCAGCCCGCAGUACUAUCCUUCCAAGUAAAGAAGAAGCGCUGAGCAGCCACCAGCCUUCCCCGCUGCAUUUCAUCAACCGCUCAGCGCCACCACCGCCAUCACACCAUUUCAGCAAUUCCUUCACUUGGAGCUUCAAGGAAGGCAAGCAACUCCCCUUCCUCCAAGACGACAAUGAAAUGACGCUCAGCAGCCUGACACCACUGGAACCUGCUGCAACCAUCUCUUCCGCAACAGAGAGCAGUAGUAGCAGAAAGAUAAUCUUCACCAAUGGAUUACCUCGGCACGUCGACUCUGAUUGUGCUCUCUCUCUUCUGUCAUCCUCCACGCAUACACCUAGCAUCAAUCUUGGCCAUGAAAUGUCAGUCGAUAGGGUCCCGAUCUGUGGUCAGCCCAUGCUCUCUAACCUAGAAUACGGCGCUGGACUUGGUCUAUAUUCUCAUAUACAAGCAACCUCUAACAAUGUCUCGACGGCGGGGGUUUUGUGCUCUGGUGUUGAGAAUGAGCGUGGGGGCACCGAUGCGGUUUCAGACGCCAUAGAAGCUGACCUGCAUUGCCAGAGUAUAUUCCAUGAUGAGGCGGAAGGGACUUCGGAUAGGGUUUCCCGGUCUCUCCCCUUCUCAUGGUAUUAGAUCAGGUGUUUGUGAUUCGGAAAUUGCCUUCUUCCAGCUUUGGCUUCUUUGUUUUCUACCUGAGUAGUGAGAUUCCUUGGCUUUAGAUCGGAUGGAAGUUUUAGUGAUUUAGCUGAUAAUUUAUCUGACAAUUGCAUACAUGGCACUCAGAUUUUGCUAUUUACAAAUUUAGCAUGCUCUAUCAUACAUUUUUUACAUUCUCGGUCAUAUAUCAAAUUCAUGAUAAAA